GUUCGGUUCAUCCGGUGUUAUGGUGGUGGUGUGUGCCGUGUAAGCAGCCCAAGUGCCGCCGUGGAAGUUUGCUCUCGCGCCUCUCGUUUCAAGGAUUACACGACAGGAUGAAGAACAUCGUGCAGUGUGACGUUCGUCACCGAAAGUUGUCGCGUCGGUGUUGUCUGUGACGUGACACAAGCUACCGAUCGUCUUCCGUCAUGGUUCACUCUGUGUUGUCGCUCGACUUGUCUCCUCCGCUCUGUUUAUGAUUUCACUCGACCAUGUCAAAGCUACCAGGUCACAACGAUUGGGUUAGGAGCUUCUGCGUGUCGAAUCCGACACGACACAAGAAAGGCUACACCAUCUACAAGGUUGUCUCCAAGGUGUUUCCCAAGAACUCGGUGGAAGCGGCCUCUCAGGUCGUAGUAUGGAAAAGGUACAGCGACUUCCGCAAGUUGUACAAGGCUCUCUUUCACCUUUACCAAGGCCUUCAUUUGAAAGGAAACUUUCCGAUGUUUGCCAAGGCUAGCUAUUUUGGUCGCUUCGAGGAAGAAACGGUAGAGGAACGGCGCAAGGCUGCUCUCUGCCUCUUGGAGUUUGCCGCCCAGUAUCCCGUCCUCUUCAACAGCCAAGUGUUUGUAAAAUUUUUCGAAAACAGCCAAGAAUGCCACGACGAUGUUGAAGGGGAGAUGUCGGGCCUGAGGCCACCCUUGCUGGCGCCGCCGUCCAAACCUAGUGACUCCUCAUCCAAUCAGUGCGUCAACAAUGCUGCGGAUCUUGCCGGAGGCGACUGUUCCUCUGAAGUAUCUUGGGGACCAUCUUCGACCGCCGAUGCCAUCAGCUUAGACUCGCGCACAACAACGGAGGAAGAGGCUGACCAGUCCGCUCGUUCGAUGGCCGCAGAAGGAGAGGAAGAGGACCGGCACCUAACCUCACAACAGACAUCGCCCACAGGAUUUCUCCGUCCUGACAUAGCUGAAUUUGACCCCAUCCUACAGAAGGAUGACAGUGAUGACCUGGCUUCGUUGAGCAAUGCAUGGAUCCUCUCAGCCGCUGAUGCCUGUGCUUGCCUUGGAGAUGAACCUACGCCGGCGCCUAGUGGUCCUGCGUUUGUUUUUCCCACUCCAGUCAAGGAAACGGUUGAGGAAGAGGCUGAUGACUGGACAGAGCUGGAGCUUAAAGAUGCAGAUGAUAGCUGCGAAGGCCGAGACAUGGGGCGGUCGAGACACGAGUCAUCCACGAGCUUCACACCUGGCACACCGGUGUCGCCGCUUGACGCGGAGGGUGUCGGUUACCUGCACGAGGCAACCAGCUAUGCUGCUAAAGCGUACGCCUGCGAAGCCCAAGGCGACUUUGUAGGGGCCUUCUCCCUCUACAAGGUGGCCGUCAGCAGCCUGCUUGAAGGAGUGCAAAAGGACAGCAGUGCCUCGCGGAGGGAUGCAGUUCGACGGAAGACUGCGCAGUACCUGGCACGUGCAGAGCAAAUAUACGAGCAUCGACUGGCGAGGCGCAUGGAAGGUGAACGGCGGUGGUCCCUAAGUCAAGGUCCCGAGGUUCUAGAGUCCUGCGCACCAACUUCUGGAAGCACUUCAGCGCCUACAUGGGGCCCUGGCCUAAGGGGGCCAGUUCAGGACCUGAAACACUACAAAGUCAUCGGUGUUGUUGGCACUGUGCUUCUCGUCUUGGAUAUGCGGCGGAGUCAGACUGUUGUCAUCAAGGUGCUGCACAAGAGUCCCAGUGGCUCUACUUCGGGUCGCCCUAGUGUGGUGCCUCAGGGUGUGCCCCACAUGGCCCAGCUGCUGUGCCUCUACGAGACUGACUGCUCAUACUUCCUGGUGCUGGAGUAUGCCCCGGGUGGCCGUCUCUGGGACUGCUUGGCACCUUAUCUCACAAACCGGCUGCCCUUGCCUAGCCCUGCUUGUGAAGUGUCCUGCGCGGGAUCUCCUUCCUCUGCCUUGAACGGGCCACCAGCAUGUCCCUGCUCACCAAGUGACCAACCUGUACCCGUGCCUCCUUCAGAAUGUGAUUUCGCUAUUGCUUGCUCAGAAUCUCAAGCCUCAAUUUCUGCCGCAUCAGUUGUAUCCGCCCUAAAUGAGACAUCUCUAAUCGAAGGAGGCAUCACUUCAAGUGAGCAGCCAUUGGUCAGCACCACCGAUGUGUCCAGAAUACAAACGGACACCAAUGAAAAUUCGUUACAGUUGCCAGUCGUUGUAAACACCCUGCCAUCUCAAAAUAGUGUUGAGCUUUCCAAAGUUUCAAAUAGCUGUGACACGCUGGGCUUGGAGAAGGCCACAAAGUCAAUUAACAUUCUGGCCAUUGACAAACCGAACAAAAAGCUAGCCCCACAGUUGUGUUGUAACAAAAACAGGAGUCAGGUAGUGGGCCGGUCUCUGGAGGACAUUGUCGGUCGGAACAAUGCCCUCAACGUUCCAGCCUCUAAGGCAGAAAGUCACAGUUAUUCCGGCGAGCACCUGAUGAAACAGGAAACACGGAAAGAUGGACCCAAAAAUGUGGGCAGUCCAAAAAAGCCAGUGAAGCGGUCGCUGUCUUCACAAGCUGCCCAGGCAUUUCGUGAGCUUGACAGCCUUUCCAAGCAGCUAGCCAAGCCCAGCCACCUCCCGGAAGCCUGCAUCCGGCUUUGGGCUGCAGAAACUGUGAUGGCGCUUGGUCACCUUCAUCGCUUGGGUGUCAUCCGGCAGGACCUCUGUCCACAUGACAUCCUUUUGGGAGAAGGCGGUCAUGUGGUGCUCACGUACUGCUGCUACUUCAACUGUGUUGACCGGUCACCUAGUCAGUUUGCACGGGAGAAUCAGUAUUGUGCUCCAGAGAUCGACAACUUGGGUCCUGUGACACCAGCAUGUGACUGGUGGAGUCUUGGAGCACUGUUGUACGAACUCUUCGUCGAGGCUCCACUGAUCUUAUGCCAUCCUGGGGGCAUUACGCCAAGCACUCGCCUUUACAUUCCUGCUCAUGUUUCUGCUGAAGGUGCAGACCUGCUGGAAAAGCUCUUGGCGUACCACGCCCAUCAGCGUCUCGGCUACGGUCCCACAGGCACAGAAGACGUCAAGUGCCACCCCUUCUUUGCCACGAUCGACUGGAAAAGAUUAAGUCUACCGAGGUGAACUCCGCAGUGCCGAGCCCUUACUUGCAAUUCGUGCAUCUUGCAUCGCCACAUUGGAGUCACUCAAGACCGUUCUCAUUUGGGACUGCUGUAUAAAGAAGUCAUAGUCGUUUCCAUCCAGCAUUCACCAGACAUUCGUUUGCUCGUGCACAUCGCACUGCAUUGCUAUAAACCAUACUCUUUUUUUUGUUGCAAGUGAUAAUGGUAGUGGUCAGAAUAGCCAUCAUCGCUGUACGUGUCACAGAUGAGUUCAACAAGAUAUUUAUUUGUUGCGUUUAUCAGAAAUUCGUGGCUUGGUUGUGUCCUUGCACAUUGUCACAUUGACAGUGCCUGGGCGAUUGAGGGCCAGUGGCGGCAUCAGAAACAACAGCGUCUGUGAUCAUUUCAGAUGUGUACGUAUUUGUUGAUGUGUGGGUCAGAUAUACUAGUAGGCUCAUUUCAAGACGAAUGUGAACAGACCUGGGAAGUCUGCUAGUGUUAUUAUGAGUUAGCCUGACAGAAGUGCACUGAACAUGUGAGAGAUAGAUACAUAAACAAUUAAUUUUUAAAGAUGACUUAGUUCAAGUCAGUUCACCUCAAAGGAGUCUGUACUUCAUUUUUUAUAGCGAAGCUGUUAAGGGGACUUCUACAACUGUCUUUGUGCGAUGGUAGCGAAGAAGCGAUAGCAACACAGCCUGCAUCAAAGCCUCGAAUGUGCUUUGAAACAUAAUUAUCAAGAUUUAGGGAAUAAAAGAUACCUCGAAUAAACAUCACUGGACUAGACAACAAUUUCAUUCAGGCGUAUCUUAGCCAGUAAUCCACGAUUUUCGUUUCUCACUUCGCGCUUAACUGGCUCCACUUUGGAGAUCAGCAAGGAGGGGCCCAAAUUGCAAUUUUGUGGGUAUAAUGUCUGUGACCUUUAGCUAAGAUCAACUUUAGUUUGGGUAGCAUACCAAGCACCUCAACGUUCAUGUUCCCACACUAUCAGUGCCCAGUUAGCGUCUCAGCAUUGGCUUCGGCAUCUACGGGCAUGCCAGGGAUCCUGCCUGCUACUAAUCUCAGGGCACUCCGCCCGAAAUCGUCCGCCCUCCUGCAAAGAUAGCAUCAAGGCCUCUGCCCCUAAGGAGCACUGUUUCACACUCAAAGGACGCGAGAAAUCCCUUGUACAGCUUUAUUGUUCUUGAUGUACCAGUUGCUUAGAGUGGCACACAUCUGCGUUUGGCUGACAUAGCACUUGUGACACAAAGUUUCAGUAUUUUGCUUUGUUGUGCGACGCCACAGUUCUUGUGCUUAUUAUUGUCGCACUGUUUGUUUGCCAUGAACCAUGGCUAACGGUGACUGGCAGGCUCCACUGAAUUGAUAAUGUUUCAAUUGAUGCCAGAAGUCUCAGCUUGUGCACCAAGCCGCUCAUAAAAUAAUUAAAUGAAGGGAAUGAAUUUUGGGACUGUUAUUAAUGUGGAUGAUAUCAAAGAGUGAGUCAAAAUGCCUGUUCUUUUAGUAAUAUGAAAAAGAUAAGAAAUGAGACCUGUAGUUGUCCUGGAUCUGACUUUUUUUUUAUCUUGUGGGAUUGUCUUGUUCAUGUUCUUAGAUUUAAUGUGCUUUUGCAUGGUAGUUUCUAAUUUAAGAUGUCAUGAUGCGAUUAGAGAGCUGCCGUGAUAGCGCCACACCAUGUUUCCAUUCAUGUGUUGCACUUUGGUGAAUCCAAAAGAGAAACAGAGCUAGUCAAGCUCAGUAAAAAGCGCCUGUUUCAGGUUUGUUUCCUUGCCUUUGUUUUUGAAAGAGGGGAAGCUUCAAUGUCCUCACAUUUAAAAGAAACUCUCUUUGGCAUUGAAUGAUUUGAUAAUGUACCACAACACUGAAUAGUGUGGGAAAAACAUGUAGUAUGGCAGUACAUAUUUAUGUCUUAAUACGUGGAGACAUGUAUUUAUCAUCACAUUGUACAAGUGCAGGCAUGCUGUAUGCGAGAACUGUAUUAGUUGUGCUUUGCUGUUUGCUGGAACGUUGCAUGGCAUGCUUUUGUUCAUUCCUCUAGCCCUCUCUUCGUUGUUUUUUUUGGGGGGCAGGUACGUUUCUUUCAAAUUGCAGAUACGUGGAACAGAGACAAAGCCUGUCAUCAAUGGGACACUAAAGAGGAAUGUUUCAGAGCAAGCUAGUUGGUAUUCCACCAUGACUAGAGUUGAACUGUGAAAGAAAAAACAGGGACGGAAGGACAGACACGGACACAGACAAAGAGGAAUUUGCAUUUGUGCUGUGUUAUACUAAGUUGCGAUUAUGUAGUACAGCAAAACAGCCAUUCUUGCACUUAGAGGAGGCCUGGUAAGCCAGAGAUAGGUGGCGGUGUUCAUUCUGACGUUUCUGCACCAGCUCUCCAUGAUCUGAUGCAUUUUUGAUGGUGCCUACUCAGAUCUCAGUAAGGCGGCUUUUAUACCAUAAAUUGACAAAGGUCACUCGAGCGACCAUGACUGGCGACCAAAGAGUGACUGACGCAUGGCAACCGAUGUUCACACCGGCAAGUGUGACCUGCCCAUCACCACUUUGAAAUGUCUUGCGGUUGGCGCCGUUCUUGUCUUGCUCACGCCAGCAUAGCCACAUAAUAUAAGCACCGGCGUAUUUUGAUGUUCUGCUCCUGGGGCUGCUGAUUGGUCCAUAAGCUUUGUGAUUUCGAUCACGGAGCUGAAAAAUCAGUCACCGAGCAACUUUAUGAAAUUUGUCGCUAUAGAGUGAUCAUUUGCAACUUGUUGUGACACGGCGGAAGUCGCUGUCUCUCAAGUUUGUUGCUUGUCGGUGAAACCCCAUACGAGCGAUGACUGCAGGUGGCACCACGAUGCAACGAGGAGACAGGCAGCCCAGGCAAUAUGCUCGGUCGUCUGUUUUGGUUUGUAAAUGGCACUGUUAAUUAAUGGCCAGUGGGCUCGCAUUUUAUACUGCAAUUUGCUCGUGAGUUCGGACCCUACUGCCGACAGUUGUACCACAACUUCUCUUGCACCCAUUUCUGAAACAGCGAGGUUUUGUGGAUCGAGCAUCCAUACUUCAUUGUAGCUAAAGCACUGCAACUUGCAGAACUAACCACAUGGAGUCUUGGCCAGUCAGUCGAGGUGCUUCCGGGCGCCCCACAUAACGAGUGACGAGAAUAAGUGAUCUGGUCCCAUAACGGCCUGUUUCAUCACUCUAGGCCGUCGCUAGUCAUUGUCGCAUAAAUCACGUGCAUGGGGUUUGGGCUUAACUUGGUCGCACGACCUUUGUGAAUUACCCAACUGUUUAUCAGUAAAAAGAUAACAUUGCAUUCGAAUGAAACUGAAGAAUCAACUUAUUGAGUUUUGAGAAGUUUUCCUGUGCCAAAAUGGCUCAAAUGCACGAAAAUACUUCGAAGUCCAUGGUCACACGGGCAUAUCAGUGCUGACAUAUUGGUACCGACUUUUCAGUGCUGACGUUUUGGUGCAAAAUUCAGUAUGGAAAAGUGUGGCCUUUAUUUUGUUUACCAGUAAUCAACCCUUUUCUGCCAAAUGAAAGGCUACGUUACCAGUCCAACUUGAUCAAGUUUUUCCUCUUUAGUGUCCCUUUAAAUGUUAUCUGUUGCAGUAUUGUGGAACCAAUUUCUGUGACAUGCCAUCAGUACGUUUAUUUGGAGAUUGGUAGAGGCGCACAAACAUUUGAAAAAUUUGAAUAGUGGAUAUAACCUACUUCAUUUUUUCCUCAGUCUAAAUAGCCACUAUUCGUCAUCAUCGAUGACGAUCCCCAAUUGCGCCUGUCCCGCACCAACUGAUUCCAACUUGCGCCUACAAAUUUCCUAAUUUCAUCACCCCACCUAGUUUUCUGCCAUCCUCGAUUGUGCUUCCCUUCUCUUGGCGCCCAUUCUGUAACUCUAAUGGUCCACCGGUUAUCUAUCCUACGCAUUACAUAGCCUGUUCAGCUCCAUUUUUUUCUCUAAAUGUCAAGUAGAAUAUUGACUAUCCCCGUUUACUCUCCGAUCCACGCCGCUGUCUUCCUAUCUCUUAACGUUACACCUAAGUUUUUUUAUUUUUUAAGUGUACUUAUCAAAUGACAAUACUCUUUAGUAAAUUUCAAAUGUAUAAUGCAUUGUAUUAAUGUUGCUGGGAGGUGGGGGGGUUUAUGUCGUUGACAGGCAUAUUUUACAUGUAUAAGCUAAAUCUCCCUGUUGUAACACAAUUCGGUGGAUGAAAAAUAUGAAGCCAGGCAGUGUAAUUGUAAAGCUAUACUAGAAGAUUGCAUUGUAUUCACAUGUUUGAAUCACAUACAAUUUGUUUUUAUGCAAAGUCAUCUUUAGGCAUAAAGCUAGCAGUUUGAGAUUGAUGCUUGGAUGAAGUAUUGAAGUGGUUAGAUUGAGAAGAACCAGGCAUGAGAGUCAAUCGGGAACCUCUCAGCAGUUUGUGGUUUGCAGAUGACAUUGCCCUGUUCAGCAAUGCUGGAGCUGCCUUGUCACACAUGGUUGAAGAUCUUAAUCAACUUAAUCAAGUCUGAAUGUAGGUGUGAGAAUUAAUAUGUAGAAGACAAAGGUAAUGUUCAGUAGCCUGGAAAUAAAACUAAAGUUUGUGAUUGGCAGUCAGCCUCUAGAACCUGGCAAGAGUAUGCUUACCUAGGGCGGCUACUCACAGGGGACGCUGAUCAUGAGAAGAAAAUUUACAGAACAAUAAAAAGGGAUUGGAGUGCAUAUGGCAGGCACACUCGGUUCACAACCAGCGGCUUACUACUAUCCUUCAGAAGUGCAUAAUCUUUGCAUUCUACUGGUACUAACAUAUGGGGUAGUAACUUGAGAAGUUGUUAAAGACCAUGCAACAAGUGUAAUGGAAAAUGUUGACUGUGAAGGGGCAUGGCUUUGUCAUGUGAUACUGUUUCUUAGGUCACAGCAAGCUUAUAUCUUUGUUUUCUCCUCUGUAAAGUCAAACGACAAUGGGGAAAAAAAAGUGAACAAGUCGGUAGCGUCAUACAACCACCUUGCAACCGUCCAUCAUCAUCUAGUGUGUGCAGUGAAUGAAGUUGUGUUCAGUAGACUCUGUUAAGAUGAACCCCGAGAGACCUUGAAAAUGUACUAACUUUACAAGAAGGCAUGCUUUAUUGCCAACAGUACCGGAAUUUCACUUUUGCUAAAUUGGUAAUAAAUGAGUAGUCAAGAGUUCAACGAAAGUUCGUCUGGUCAGGUAACAUGAUGAUGAAGAAAUUGCAGUCACUGACCAAGUCGAGGUGAAGAUAACAGAAAUCGUAUUCGGUAUUUAGAGACUUUACUAUUAAAUUAACAAAUCUUAUAACUGCUUCCCAACCUUUGUACUUGCUAAGUGUCAUCCUUUAUACAUGCAAAAACCACGUGGUAGAGAUUCUGCAACUUUUGAAAUGUGCUGGUACUCCUUUAAGUGCCCCAAACAUGCCCAGCAACCUGGGCAUGUUCUGGCAGGACGAAGAAUUCGUCCUACCAGCGUUCACCUAAAACAAGUCUACUGUGCCUGUUAAAGCAAAUGGUGUGCAAGUGUGUGUCGUGGUAAACCAUAUGUCACAUGUGCCAAAUUUCUGCUCUCCUGUUUCACUAAAUCACUAAAGUGACUACCGUGUGAUUGCUUCUUUCACUUUUCCUUUCCGUCUCGAAUAAUAUUGCUACACAAAAUUUUAUUCAUAGGCUUCAUGUGGACAUUGUUGCUGCUGCUGUUUUAAAGCAAAUGGUGGUUGGUUAUGCGCAGAAUAAAGCAAUCAUAGUUAAUCGGUGGAUGGCACCACUCA